UUUUUCAUGAAGAUUGGACAAAUUCAAAAGUUAGUGAUGAGAAACCAUACAGUAACAACAUUCAUUCUCCUGGGACUAACAGAAGAUCCACAACUGCAGGGUCUGCUUUUUAUUUUUCUAUUUCUUACCUACUUAUUGAGUGUAACUGGGAACCUGACCAUUAUUUCACUCACUUUAGCGGAUUCUCACCUUAAAACACCAAUGUACUUUUUCCUACAAAAUUUUUCCUUCUUAGAAAUCUCAUUCACAUCUGCUUGCAUUCCUAGAUACUUGUAUAACCUAACAACAGGUGACAAGACUAUUACCUACGGUGCUUGUGCCAUUCAAGCAUUUUUUACUGAUCUUUUGGGAGUUACUGAAUUUUUUCUCCUGGCCACCAUGUCCUAUGACCGCUAUGUGGCCAUCUGCAAGCCCCUGCAUUACACCACCAUCAUGAACAACAGAGUGUGCAAAAGACUCAUCUUUUGCUGUUGGAUGGCUGGUUUGUUGAUCAUACUCCCACCAUUUGGUCUGAGCCAAAAUCUGAAAUUCUGUGACUCUAAUGUCAUUGACAGCUUUCUCUGUGAUGUCUCUCCCUUCCUGAAGAUUUCAUGCUCAGACACGUGGGUCAUUGAGCAGAUGGUUAUAACCUGUGCUGUGUUGACCUUCAUCACAACCCUUCUUUCUGUAGUUCUUUCCUACAUAUAUAUCAUUAAGACGAUUCUAAGAUUCCCCUCUGCCCAACAAAGGAAAAAAGCCUUUUCUACCUGUUCUUCCCACAUGAUCGUGGUUUCCAUCACCUAUGGCAGCUGUAUCUUCAUCUACGUCAAACCUGCAGCAAAGGAAUCAGUGGCUAUUAACAAAGGUGUGAUAGUGCUCACAACAUCCAUUGCCCCUAUGCUGAAUCCCUUUAUUUACACCCUGAGGAACAAGCAAGUAAAACAAGCCUUCAGUGACUCCAUCAAAAGAAUUGUCUUAUCUUCCAAGAAGUAA